CUUAAGGGGAAGAUUAGAACAUUUUGUUUCCUAAUUAGCUACUGUUGUAAUGCUAUCUUUGCUCAUCCGUUGUCCAUAAUGACGUCCACUUUGUCGGCCGAGGAGAUGGCAAGUAUUCCGGCUGGAACACCUCCGCCGGGCGUUGAGUCAAACCUCGUGGAUCCUCCGUCCAAUGGAUACAUUCUGUAUAUCGUGGGAGGCAUUGUGAUGGGAUUAAUGUAUAUUACUGCCGGUCUGAGUCUAUACGCGAAACUUAGUAUUCGAAGACGAAUGGCGCCCGAUGACUGGACACGAUUGAUUGCUACAAUAGGAGCGACAUUCUACUUCAUUAUCUGUAUACUCGCGGUAGCAAAGGGCAAAUACGGUACUCAUAUGUAUGAUCUCUCGGUGAUUCAGGCGAUGAGUGAUGCCUUUAUAAUCACCGGAUAUUUUGCCAAUUGGGUGACGACAAUAGUUUGGCCCUUUGCAAAAACAUCGUUCUUCCUCAUCUAUCUCGAAAUGUUCCGCACAAUCAAGUGGCAACGCUAUGCUAUCUACUUUGGCCUUUUCGUGAACUGGGCUUUCUAUACUAUCAUCCUUAUCGCCACGCUCUACUACACUAGCCCAGCGCCCGGCCAGACGUGGGCGGAGGGAUUUGUUUCCACACGAUACUCGAAAAUUCUUAAAUGGACCGUUCCCAUUGCAUCAGGCAGUCUUAUCAUUGACCUUUAUAUUCUGAUCCUGCCGAUGGCCCCAAUUUGGAACCUCCAAAUGGAUUUCAAGAAACGACUCGGCGUGAUGGUGGUUUUUGGUACGGGGUUGUUGGCCUGUGUCGCUUCUUCCCUCAGUAUCUACUUCAAAAAUAUUCUGGAUCAUCACACAGACGACUUCAGCUACUACACCCUUCCUGUCUUGAUCAUGUGCUUGGUUGAGAUGUGCGUCGGGAUAUCGGCCAGCUCGAUGCCAUCAUUGACGCUUUUGGUUCGCCACAAGGGGACCAAGCUCACUCAACUCGUCAGCAUCUUCACUCGCUCUCGAUCAUCUACAGGUGGAGGGAAAGGAUUAUCUGGUUCGGAUGACUAUGCGAAGGAUUCGGAUUGUUUGCCAUUGAAAGAUGUUCAGUCUCCCACUAAGAAGCAAUCAACCCCAAUGGACCAGGUGAGUGAUGACGGGUACGAGCACUAUGAAGGCCAGACCGUUCAAACGAUGAUUCAGGCGAGUUCCUCCACUGGACCAGCUGGCCAAGAUCGAAUCUACAUGCAUCGUGGCUUUGAUAUAGGAUACGAAUACCGAGGGAAGCGAAUGACUGGCGAUAGUCCGGUAUAGAUCAGUU